AUGCUUGAUCAAAUUGAUACUAACACCGACCACCAAAAUGGAACCACCAAAGAGAACAACAAUCAUUUGGAACCACUGCUGCAAGAACCUAAUGGAUCUAAAACUGUAAAUGAAGAGGAUGGACUCUUGCGAAAACUUAGUCAUCUGUUGAGUCGUCAAGAGUUAUUCGUCCCAAGGCACGGAAAAGAACGAGGUCGCUCACAAUCUCCAUUAAGAGAGACCCCCGAUAUUUCAAAGAUCUUCAAGACGGUCUCUAGAGAAACAAGAUCUGAAAGAAAGUCUGAAUCAGAUCCAAGGCGAUCAAGGUCGUUACUGGAUUCACCGCAUAUCGUAUCCAACCCGUUUUCGUUUUUCAAUAAAAAUGAUGACAAGAAUGAAUUACGAUAUCGUUCAGACGAGGAAGAAGAAGAACAACAUAUGAGAACUUCAAUACCAGAGAUACUCUCAUCACCGUCUCUGAUGCCCCCACAGGCCCUUAACCAUGAAGACUUGGAUGACGGCCAUUUCCAUAGACGAGAAUCUAGAAUUCCCUUUACCCAUUCACAAUCAUUCCAAAAUUUCUUUCCUUCAAUGUUUGGAAGACCAGGUUCUCAAUACGAAACUCCAGUAAAUGAUGGGCACGAUGCCUUUCAUCUAACUCCCGACUUGACCAAACAACAGAAACUCAAAAAGAGGUGGCAGAAUUUCUAUCGUAACCGAAAACGUGACAGAAGAAGACCUAGUGUGAAUAUAGGCUAUAUUGACGAAAUAAGAGAAGAGGCAGAGAAGCAAACUGGUGUACGUGCUCAAAAGCUAAUUGGUGGCUUAGCCCUCGGUGGUCCAGCAAUAAACUUAAUGGCUUCGUGUUUAUUAGAAGACGAACGAGGAAUCUCGCGAGCACCAAUUUUGUUGUCAUUAAUUGGGUUGAACAUAAGUGAUGUGUCCUUGAGUGAUACCACCAGGAUUAGGAAAUUCAAGAUAGAUUUGGAAUAUGGGGUUGGACCGCAAAGAAUGAAAUGGUGCAUUGAAAGAAAUGCCAAGGAUUUGUUAUAUUUACAUUCAAAAUUCAAGUUUGAAAGUUGGAUUGGUAAUAAGAAUAGCCAACUUCCAAAAUUCCCCAAACCACCAUUCAAGAAAUCGGAGAUGAUGAAAUUGAAACGGACCAGAACAACACAGACCCAACACGCCACAACUACAGAAGACCAAGGCGGAGAUAAUGACAGUGAAUCACUGUUUUCGUUAAUCCCACGAUUGGGAUUUGGAAGUAUUUCAUCCAUGACGUCAAAUGAAAAUAAGGGACAGCCACCACCGGAUGAAGCAGAAAGCCGGAGAAGAAAUGCUCAAUAUGUCAAGGAUGUUGAGCUGUAUCUAAAGGAAUUGAUUCAUCUUGUUUCGUUAAAGCCACAAUCUAAUAGGUUAUUUGUAUUUUUCGAAAUAUCUCCCAUUUCAUCAUUAUUGAGUUAUGAGACUGGAUAUGUCGGGAAACAAGGGGUGGUUCAUAUAAGUGGAAGUGCACGAUCACAAGGAUGGAGAGUAGGCCAUUUCAAAGCUAAUGAUUUGAAAGGUAUGAUUGACAGACGGUCGGAAAAGUGGAUGCUUGUUCGUAAUUCCUAUGUCAUGUAUGUAUCGGACAUUAAUUCAACUUCACCAUUGGAGGUGUUUCUUGUUGAUUCUGAUUUCAAAAUAACUUCAAAACAUGAAGAUCAUAUCACGGAAGAUGUCGAAUCAGACUUUGACGAUUCUUCACUUGUCCAAAGAAGAAUGGCGUUACUCGAAGAUAGUGAUGCUUCCAAUAUUGUAUUCCCUCAUUUGAAAAUCACGUUAGAGAAUUCCGAACGUAAAUUAAUUUUGAACCCCAAAUCUGCCAAGGAGCAAAAGUUAUGGAUCUCUUCACUUAUGGAAAUGAAGAAUUCUACAAUUUGGUCAGAAAAACAUAGGUUUGGAGCAUUUGCUCCUGUUAGAGAAAAUUGUUUUGCUCAAUGGCUUGUUGAUGGUAGAGAUUACUUUUGGGCCGUAUCAUCCGCAUUGGAAAUGGCCAAGGAUGUGAUUUUCAUUCAUGAUUGGUGGUUAUCACCAGAAAUAUAUUUACGAAGACCAGCUAAUGGGAACCAACAAUGGAGACUUGAUAGAAUUCUUCAAAGAAAAGCCAAGCAAGGGGUUAAGAUCUUUGUGAUUAUCUAUCGUAAUGUAGGAUCAACUGUUUCCAUUGAUUCAUUAUACACAAAGCAUUCAAUUUUAUCCUUGAAUGAUGAAAAUAUUCAUGUUAUUAGAUCUCCUAAUCAAUUACUUCAAAACACAUACUUUUGGGCUCAUCAUGAGAAGAUAUGUAUCGUUGAUCAGACCGUAGCCUUUGUUGGAGGAAUUGAUUUAUGUUAUGGAAGAUAUGAUACACCUGAUCAUGCAUUGGUUGAUGAUUCCAAGAUUGAUUUCCAAAGCCUUGGUCCCGAAGAUAUACCCACCAAUGAUGACGUUGUGAAUUUCCAAACAUUUCCCGGUAAAGAUUACUCCAACCCUCGUGUCAAGGAUUUCUUUGACUUGAAUAAACCUUAUGAAUCAAUGUAUGAUAGGAACAUCACCCCAAGAAUGCCAUGGCACGAUGUCCACAUGUUCACCGCUGGUAAGUUAGCACGAGACUUGUCUCGUCAUUUUGUUCAACGUUGGAAUUAUUUAUUGAGACAAAAGAGACCAAGUAGAUUCACUCCACUUUUGACACCUCCUCCUGACCUCACUGAUGAAGAAGCAUUGAUGUAUGGAAUGGACGGGACCUGUGAAGUUCAAUUGUUGAGAUCAUGUGGUAAUUGGUCGUUAGGAUUAAAAGAGCAUGAACAAAGUAUCCAAACAGCCUAUCUUAAAUUAAUUGAAAGUUCAGAACAUUUUGUAUAUAUUGAAAACCAAUUCUUUGUUACUUCUUGUUUAAUUGAAGGUACCGAAAUUCAAAAUAGAAUCGGGGAUGCAUUGGUUGAUAGAAUUAUCCGCGCACAUGAAGAAGGAACAGUUUGGAAAGCAGUUAUUGUCAUUCCAUUGAUGCCUGGGUUUGAAUCCCAAGUUGAUCAAGCGGAGGGGUCGUCUGUGCGUGUUAUCAUGCAAUGUCAAUACAUGUCGAUUUCUCGAGGAGAAACAUCGAUAUUUGCUAAACUAAGAAAGAAGGGAAUUAAUCCUGAUGAUUAUAUUCAAUUUUUCUCAUUGAGAAAAUGGGGUAGAAUCGGUGUGAAUCGUACUUUAGUUACGGAGCAGUUGUACAUCCAUGCCAAGAUCAUGCUUGUUGAUGAUCGAGCUGCUAUUAUUGGAAGUGCAAAUAUUAAUGAACGGUCAAUGAGAGGUGUUAGAGAUUCAGAAGUGGCUAUUAUUGUCAGAGAUAAGGAAAUGAUUGCUAGUACCAUGAAUGGAGAACCAUAUUUAGCUGGUAAAUUCGCCCAUACAUUGAGAAUGAGAUUAAUGAGGGAACAUUUGGGUGUUGAUGUAGAUAUUCUUGAUGUUGUCGAAAGACGAUUCAAGAAGUUUGAAAAUCUUGCACGAUCAAUGGAUGAUUCCACAUUUGAAACCAACAAGUUUAAGAAUAUUGAAAACAGAUAUUUGUCAGCCAUGGUUGAAAUCGCAUCCAGAGAUAUUUUGAAUGAACCCGAGGGAACAAGAAGAUGGAGGAAUUAUUCAAUUGCUUCUGAAUCCAGUCUCAAAACUACCAAGGUUGAAUUUGAAGAAGAGGAUGAAUUUGAUUUACCACCUCCUAUGUUUUUACCAAUUUCUCUUAAUAAUAGAACUGGUCCUCAUGAAGCUAAUAAAGGUAUCCGGGACAAAAAGAAGCAUUCAUACGAUAAUAGAGUUCAGAAUAAUGCGGGACAUAAACAAGAUGUGUUUGGUACUGGUCUUGACAAGUAUAAAAGUAAGUUGGCCAAAAGAGCUAGAUUAAACAGUGGAAGAUUCCUUAAGGAUUUAUCGGUUAAGUUUAUAAAAUCCAAUCCAGUAGGUUCAUUCUUGCCUGAUAUUGACCAUGUUCGUGAAUUUUUGGAAGCUGAUGAUAUCCAUAUGACUGAUGAGAUGGAUGAAGAGUCUGAAAGAAUUAUCUCGGAAAGAAACAAGGAAAGAUGGUUGUUAUUAAAGAAGAUUUCAUAUUUACAACGUGUUGCCAGUAAACAAAACCGUAGCAACGAAGUGGAGAACAAGAGGAGAAUGUCUGCUGGUAUGGCUGCUCUAUACAGCAAUCUUCCAAAAACUGCUGAAUCAACCGAAAUGCUGACAGGCACUCCUGAUCCAAGUGAUAAAGCGUCAUCUGAUGGCAAUAACAUUAACAGGCCUGGUAUUUCACUUUAUAAAAAGUACCCAAUCGUUUCAUUAGAUGAGAAUUCCAUUAAGGAUUUAGUCAAGAGUAUAACCUCUUCUGAAGCCAAUGUUUCCAAAUUUGUUGAUCCUUAUGGAUUUGAAGAUCCAGUCGACGAUGAAUUUUAUGAUUUCCUUUGGAAUGAACAUGCUAGAAGGAAUACCGAUCUUUUUAGAAUGGUUUUCCAUAGUCAACCGGAUGAUGUUGUUAGUAGAUGGUCCGAUUACACUCAUUUCACCAGUCUUUAUAGCACAUUUAUGAAGGCUCAAGAUUUAAGUGCCGAUUUAAGACAAGAAGGAACAAGAGAAGGCUCGCAAGAAGCGGAAGAGGUGGUUGAAAUUGAAGAGGAAACAGAGAAAAAGAAUAUCAAACCAGAAGAUCUUGGACUACUUGGUAAAGUCCCACCUGAAAGGGAGGAAAUUCCAUCACCUUCAUCACCAGAAUCCAAGAUGAGAUUUAGACUAGGUAAAAGAACUAGUAUUUCUCUUGGCCUGCCAAAACUCGAGAAUUCAAUCCCUGCUGAAAAGGUUGGAGAAGUGGAGGAAGAAGAAACCAAACCACCACAAAUCGAAGAACUGGAAGAAUCUCCUAAUGAUUCGCCAAAUGAGCUGGAUGAAUCUCCUAACGAAGAACCCGUGUCUCGAGAAAUAAGUGGCGAGGCAUUGAAGGAAAAGACAGCUAGUAAACUGCCACCAUUACAGAAACCAUCUGCUUCAUUUUCAAAAGCACAUAGUCGUACUAGACGUAAACGAGCUGGUACGUAUUUGGCAAGAACCAAAAUGAAUAGUGGAGAGAUUAUAUAUGAACGUGAUACUGCGGAAAGAUUAUUGAGUGAAAUCCAAGGGCAUUUGGUGUAUUAUCCUACUGAAUGGUUAAAUGUUGAGUUAGACAACAAUAAUUGGUUCUACAAUACCGAUAGGCUUCCGCCAAUGGAAAUUUAUGACUAAACUAAAUAGAAAUUGCUUUUUAUAUAAAUUAAUUUAUCGUCUCGUAUAGAAAA